CGUUGUCAGCACUGAGAAAACUUCAGUAGGUUCUUUCAGGAACGCCUUGAAGCGAAUUCUUCUGGUUCUGAAAAAUUCAGUAGGUUCUCUCACCUCAACGCCACACAACCGCCUGGCGUACAACACCACAGCGCAGAUGGCGGCGAGAUUAUCCGACGAGGAGGCGGAGGAGGAGGAGAUAGAGCGGUGCCUGCGCGCCAUCAUACAGCUGCCGCGCUUUCGCGUAGGAGCCACCGGCGGCGACGGCCGUCCUCCCAGCUCCGGCGGCGACAGCGGCAGCGUCGACUGGCCAUUCCUCGCGCAACAGGUGCGGCGACUGCACCAAUUCAUUUUCCUGGACCACGUGGACGGUCCAGAUGCAGUGGGAGAGAGAAGACACCGCAAUCAUGAGCACCAGCAGCAGCAGCAGCAGCAGCAGCAGCAGCAGCAGCAGCAGCAGCAGCAGCAGUGGCAGCAGCGGCAGCAGCGGCGGCGGGAGAAGUGGGAGCACCAGGUGCUACCCCACCUGAACCGUCUCGUUCACCGCCUCUUCUCGCCCUCCGCCCACCGCUCUUCCCUCUCCCGGCCCCCGCCCGCUGCCGCGCCUCUCCUCGUUGCGUCGCUGCGUUUCUUCCUAGCGGCAGGGGAGGAGGGGCUGCUGCCUCUAGACAUGGCGCUCAACACCCUCAUGGCCUCCUGCCUCCCCUCCUGGUUCUGGGACCCCCUGGCAGCGCGCGAGUGCUUCUCCUUCUUUGCCUCCUCCCGCUUGGCCCUCCGCCAGUCGCACCCCCGGAUACUGCAGCAGCACCUUCCGCUGCUGCUCAAGACCCUGGCAUCCCAUGGCAGCAUCGUGCUACCUCAGUUCACCCAGCUCAUCCCUGACCUGCUCUCCUCCUCCUCACUCAUCCCCCUCUUCCUCCGACUCCUCGACCUCCCAGUGCUAGCCAUCGCCCUGGGCAUGUCAGCGGGCGGCAGGGCAUCUACUCUCAUGGCUGUGGCGGUGGAGCCAGCUGCUGAUGAGGUGCUAGCUCUCAUGGACUUUGGCUUCACAGGCACGGCGGACAACGACAGCGAGGGUGACCCCUGGGCCAUGCCCAAGCCCAAGGCGCCUGCAAGCAAGGGACCACCAGAUGCUGCUGCUGCUGCUGCUGCUGCUGGGGGUGGGGGUGGGGGUGGUGCUGGGAGGAUGGGAGGGGAGGGGGGAGUGGAAGGGGGUAUGGCGCCGGCGGCACUGGCAGUGUUGAUAUCGUGGAUGCUCAUAGAUGAGCUGGCUGCGAGCGAGGCAGAGGUGGGGUCGAGGAGACAGCAGGAGGCAGUGAUGUGGCGCCUGCCAGGCUUCUCCCAAGCACUGCAAGCAGAGGCCAGCAGACAGACUGCAGGGGCGGGCGAGGGAUGGGGGAGGGAUGGGAGGGAUGAGAGGGAUGGGAGGGAUGGGAGGGAGGGUGGUGGUGGUGGUGGUAGUGGUGGUGAUGCUGGGAAGGGGGCUGGUAAAGUGAGGAGUGCGGCAAGGAAGGAUACUGGAGGAGGAGCAGGAGGGGAGGGAGGGGGCUCUGGCUUAGGUUCGCCUGCCAGUGCCGCCCCAGCAGCCAUGACACCAUCAACACCAGCAGCGGCGGCGGCAGCGGCGGCAGCAGCGGCAGCAGAGGCGUGGAACGAGGGGUUUAGGGAUGACGCUCGGGAGAACGAGAGGCGGUUAAAGGAGUGCCUGGGCAUGGCGCCACAUCUGCUGGAUGCGCUGCUGGAGACCGUGUUGGCAGGCAUGGGGCAAGAUGAGUGGAGGGCGCUGCUGCCAGUGAUUAUGAGCCGCUUCGAUGCACUCUUUCCCAAUGGCGCCUACCAGCACCAGGUGCAGCAGCUGUGCCUGCAUACUAUGCUCGUGCUCUUCAGGGUGUGCCCCGCCCUGCUGCUGGCUGUCCAGCCCACCAUAGUGCGCACCAUCACUGCUCCAAUCACAUCCACGGCUCAGCACACCCUGGUGCUUCACCUGUGCUGGAUUGCUGGCGAGUACGCCUCAGCUGCUUCCACCAUCGCCACAGCAGCAACCGCUACCACUGCCACCACCACCAAAAGCCCCACGAGCAGCAGCAGUGGCGGCGGUGGUGGUGGUGCGGGUGUGGCAGGGAGGGGUGUGGGGGGCAGUGGCUUGGGGCAGCAGCAGCGGCCGGGAGCAGCGGCGGAGUCUCUUUUUGAGGCGAUUGAGCUGCUGCUGUUCGAGUCCGUCGCUGCUGCGAAGCUAGGAGCGGACAGCAGCAUGGGGGGAAUAACCGGGGCAGCAGCGGUGCUAGCGCCAUCUGCGCGGUCUCGCCUGCUGUCCGCAGCAGUGGCGGCCAUAGCCAAGCUGGCUGCUGCAGAGACGGACCUGCGCACCCGAGCACGCGUCUGCCUCUCCAAGGUGGUUCGCUCCCGCACCCAUCUGCACCCCUCAGUGUGCGACCAGGCAGCGGACCUCCUCUCCCUGCUCCACCACCCUCUCCUCGCCGCCCUCCUCCUCUCCUCCGCACCUCCUCUCCCCGCCCCCUCCCCGGGCUCCUCCUUCCCCUCCUCCCUCUCCACCUCGUUCGUGCAAACAUCCUCGUUAUUAGCUUCCUCAGCCGGGUCUGCUGUGGAGCGCACAGUGGAAGCACACAGGGCGGUCGCGUUGCCGCUCUACCUGCUCUCGUCCCAGUCAGGUCCCCCCGUGCAUGAUUUUAGCGUCUCCUCAAUUCUCUUCUAAACACUGGCAUUUUAGGCAUCGUAUAGUUUAACUUGAUGGGUUUUUGGCUGAGACCUGCUGUAUUCUUUUGAGUUGCUCAAUAAAUGUAGCCUUUAUCG